AUGUUUACUCAGUCUCCUGAAAAAUUAAAAGACAAAGAGGAUUCUGAGGGCAUGUCUGGUGAUUUAGUUGACAAAGAAGAAAACUCUAUAGAGAAGAAGGAUCAAUCUACAUACAUAAUAAAUAUAGAUGAUAUGAACUCUGAUGAUGAGCCGAUUGGUAAAAGACUGACUCCAGGAAUAACUAAAAGGUUAAAGAAUAGAAAAGGUAAAGUUGUUGAAUCCUCCAUCAUGCCCUCAAAAUCUCUCAGGAGAAGGACGAGUGUUGGCCUUACAAAAGGUUGGAGCAAGGUAUUUACUCUUGUUUACAAGAAAAAAUAUCUUAAGAGGAAGGAAGUCCCUUUUGAGUCUAAUGAAUAUGAUCAUGAUGUCGAACACAAUGUCCAAGACAUUGUCUCUUCUACAAGAAAGAAAGCUUCUGAGGAGAAGAUUCCAGGAAAUACUCCUGAAGUCCCAAUCGACAACAUCUCCUUUCACUAUGUGGAAAAUGUAGAGAAAUGUAAAUUUGUUUACCAAAGAAGACUGAUGCUGGAAAGAGAACUUGGAAAAUAUGCUUUUGAAUGCAAAGAAGUGAUGAGUCUGAUUCAAGAAGCUGGAUUAAUGAAAAAUGUGACUGGCUUUGGAAAGUGUUAUGAAAUGCUUGUUAAAGAAUUCAUUGUGAAUAUCUCUAAGGAUUGUGAUAACAAAAGGAGAAAGGAGCUUAUGAAAGUGUAUGUAAGAGGAAGGUGUGUGGAUUUCUCUCCUAAAAUCAUAAAUAGGUUUCUGGGCAGAAAUGAAGAAGAACAAGCUGAAGUGGUUGUUUCUGACAAUGUCAUUUGCAGAGAGAUUAGUGCUAAACAAGUGAAGGAAUGA